CAGUAAUUUUGCCUCAGACGGCGUUUAGGAGGCAGCAGCCUGUAGGCUUAGCUAGCAUGCGCGGACAACUCAAAUAAAUGGCGUGUUUUAAAGGGAUAUUUUAUCAGCAUUUGCUGUUUUUUGCAGUGUUUCUUUUGUCAGUUUCAGGGUUUUUGUGCUUUAGUGAGUUAUUUUUUGUUAAGGAGCCUCGCGAUGCAAUAGUAUUGCGAAGAGACGCUGUGAUUCUGGACUGCCAGGCUAAGGGGGAGAUUCCUGUCCAUAUUCGGUGGAUGAAAAAUGGAUCUCCUCUUUUGGAGACAGACCGCGUCUACCCGUUUGCCAAUGGUUCACUCUUCAUCUCUGAGGCAGAGAACAGGAAAGGAGAGAAAUCAGAUGAAGGGUUGUACCAGUGCCUUGCUCAGAACAAAUAUGGAGCAAUCUUGAGCCAGAAGGCUCGCCUCACUAUUGCAAGCUUUUCCACAUUCACACAGCAGCCUUCCUCUGUUGUGGUGAUGGAGGGUUCCGUCGCACGCUUCACCUGUAAAAUCAGCGCCGUACCUUCACCAAUCAUUACCUGGGAGUUUAACAGAGUCACUUUACCGCUGGCUACUGACAGAAUCACAGUGCUGCCCAGCGGAGUGUUGCAGAUUCAGGGAGUACACCUAAAAGAUGCUGGCAAUUAUCGCUGUGUGGCUGCAAACAUUGCUAGUCGUCGCAGGAGUGUGGAAGCAGUGCUGACUGUUACACCAGCUCCUACUGUCAAAAUUCCUCAAAGGCCACACAUCAUCGCUGGGCCACAGAACAUCACUGUAUCAACGCAUGGCAGUGCUCUCUUGGAGUGUGUGGCAGUCGGAAAUCCUCGGCCACUGAUCUCUUGGAGUCGAGCCGAUCACAAGUCUAUCGAUGUUUAUAACACCAAGGUUCUUGGCAAUGGCAACCUGCUCAUCUCUGACAUCAAGAGGCAGCAUGCUGGAGUGUAUGUUUGCCGAGCAACAACACCUGGAACACGAAACUACACUGUCGCUGCUGCUAAUGUCACUGUACUUGCACCCCCAUCUCUAAUGGAGUGGCCAGAAAGUUUGACUCGACCACGGGCUGGCACAGGCCGCUUUGUGUGCCAGGCUGAGGGUAUACCGACCCCUCAUAUAACCUGGCUCAAAAAUGGAGAACCUGUGCAUGCUAAUGGCCGGAUCAAAAUGUACAACAGCAAACUGGUGAUAAAUCAGAUUAUUCCAGAAGAUGAUGCAAUUUACCAGUGUCAGGCAGAGAACGAUCAGGGCUCAGUUCUGUCCACGGCUCGUCUAAUUGUGGUAAUGUCAGAGGAUCGCCCCAGCGCCCCUCGGAAUAUCCGAGCCGACACAGUUUCCAGCUCGGCCAUCCUGCUGGCCUGGGAAAGACCCCUCUACAACGCUGACAAAGUCAUCGCCUACUCCAUCCACUACAUGAAGGCAGAAGGUCUUAACAACGAGGAGUACCAGGUUGUCAUCGGCAAUGACACCACCCGAUAUAUCAUUGAUGACCUGGAACCUGCAUGGAACUACACGUUUUACAUUGUUGCAUACAUGCCUAUGGGUGCCAGUCGCAUGUCUGACAACAUCAUACAACACACACUUGAGGAUGUUCCUGUGCGUGCCCCUGAGUUAUCUCUCACCAGCCACAGUCCCACAGACAUCCAAGUGUCAUGGCAGCCACUUUCCCAGAAGCUGAGCCGUGGUCAAAUCUCUGCCUACCGUCUGUGGUACCGGCCUAGCUCUGAUGGAGCCACACAUCAACUGGAACUGCCUGGGGAUGAAACAAAGCACCUACUAGAGGGCCUGCAUCCUGAUAUGGUCUAUCUGCUGCGAAUUGCAGCUGCCACUAGUGUGGGUUGGUGUGAGCCGUCUGCAUGGACUUCACACAGAACCCCUAAAGCAUCCAGUGGGAAAGUACCCCUGGCACCAGAGCUUCAAUUGGAACCCCUGAAUUGCACAACUGUUACUGUGCGUUGGCGUCUGGCUAUGGGCAGUUCUGUGGCUGGCAUGCAAGGAUAUAGACUGUUUUACCAUGAGGAGAGCCAGCCUGAGAGUGCUCCCAUCCAGCUGCCCCCUCACUUCAACCAGCACACCAUUGGAGGCCUGGAUCCCAGGAAGAAAUACCACAUCAAGCUUCUGGCCUUUAACGCCAUAGGGGAGGGCUACCAAGCUGACCGGACAAUCAGCACGCCAGGAUGUGUCUCGGUGCGUGAUCGUUUGGUACCCCCACCUCCACCUCCACAUCAUGUGUAUGCACGGACAAACAGCUCCUCCUCUGUUUUCCUGCACUGGGCCCGACCUGCCUUCACCGGCGGCCAAACUGUCAACUACACAGUCCGCUGCAACCCAGUAGGACUCCAGAAUGCAUCGCUGGUGCUCUAUUUACAGACAGGGGAUCAGAGUCUGCUUGUGAAAGAUCUGGAGGCAAAUACUCGAUAUGAAUUUGCAGUACGGUUGCAUGUUGACCAGCUUACCAGUCCCUGGAGCCCAGUGGUGUAUCAGAGCACUUUGCCAGAUGCUCCAGCCAUGCCUCCAGCAAGCGUGAAAGUCACUCUGAUUGAAGGAGACACUGCACUGGUGUCAUGGAAACCACCUAAUGAGCCCAAUAUUGCUGUAACACGUUACACCAUCCUGUAUGCAUCACGCAGAGCGUGGGUUGCUGGCGAGUGGCAGAUCCUGCAGAGAGAAGGGAGCAUCACCAUGGCUCUGUUGAAGAAUCUACAGCCUGGCAAUGUCUACUUGGUGAAAGUAUCUGCGUCAAAUCAGAUUGGAGAUGGGCCUUUCUCGCCUGCUGUGGAACUCCAUAUUAGUGCAGAUGGCCACGCCUCUGGACACUCCUCCCGCUCUCAUGGCUCCACCCAUGCCACUGUGUUUUCUAAAGGCUUUUACCAUCUGGACCAGCGGUCAAUGACAGGCAUUAUUGUCGGUGUAUCAAUUGCACUUACAUGCAUCAUCAUCUGUGCCUUCAUUCUAAUGUGCCGAGGGAAAGCCAAGCAAUCAUUUACUCCCAAAAUCAUAAGGCCGGAAGGGAGUCAAGCCGUACCCACUGCAGUUCACCGUGCCAGUGAAACUCAAGCUGAGAGUGCUGAUGUCAUAGUUCCCAUUAUAAGAGACCAUUUUAUUGAUGCAAAGGGUGGGACAGAUCUGAUCAUAAACAGUUACGGUCCUGUCAGGCCCGCAGCUGAGAAGAAGAAGGAACAAAAAUGGAAUUUAUUUAGAAAGGAAGAGAAGCAUGUGAAGCAGGUUCCUGGCUCUUCUUCCAUGUACCAGCCAGGCACCACUCUACUACAUCAUUCGGGUGAGGAGCCUGGGAUCUCAUCACUGCAGCUGCCCUCCUCCCUCCAUGCCUUGCUUGGAACACCAGGGAGCGACACAGAGGGUUCCAGUGAAGGCAGCCAUGAGACCGGAGACUCUGGGCGCUAUUCGCACAACGAGCUGGAGAUGGCCAACCUGUCAUCUGGCACAAGCAGCCGCCCUGCAUCCCUCAGCAAGGAGGAAGGCAUGGAGUACGAGGAAAGUCCAGAUCACAUGGCGAAGGAGUUUGAGUCAUAUCUCGCUGUUGAGCUGGGGGAAAUAAUAUCGCCAUCUGCUGGUCUGGAUGUGAAUGGUAGCAAAGCUUGUGUAGCUGUCCUUACUCAUUAGUGGUAAGCUGUUACUAAUCAGUCCCCACCCUGGGCCUUAUCUUCUUCCUCUUCCAAAGGCCUUUCUUCCUCUCUUCCUUCUACCUCCCCUCUGCUUCAAUGGACUAAUAAGCAGAGGCUUCUAAAGCAUAAGGAAACUUUGAAUCAAAGAAUGGGCCCAGAGCCCUCCCUUUCUGUUCAAAGUCCUCCAUUUCAUUGAAUGUGUUCUUUUCUUUUCAAUAUUUUUUUUAACAUUUAAGUUUAAGAAAAAUAACUUUACCCACCACGAAUGUUUUUUGAAAAGAUUGUCCAAACAAUGUGAAGUGUGCGACGUUGCUUUUGCAGACAUUAUUUAAGCGAGUAUAUCACUGGAGGAGGAGAGGUGCAAAAGGCUCUCUUUACAUUGUUAAUAUUACGAGGAGAGUUUCAGCCUGAAAUGCUGAUGUGGCUAACAGUGGCUAGAUGGAAGUCAGGUGCUGCCAGUUCAUUCUUAAUCACAUCAGCACUUGAGGCUGUUUAACUCUCUUAGUUUACGACAUGGUAAACUCCUGCUAUAUAUAUAUGUACAAAUAUUUAAUAGCUAAUAAUGCGCAAGUUAUGUAAUGGGCCUCCCCAUCAACAUGACAGACGAUACUUCCUGAUAGAAAUAAUGUUGCUCUUGCUAGCUUAGAGUUUGUCUUUCUGUGUGUCUGUUCUUGUUUGUUUUUCAGUUCUUAAGUGAGACUGUAAGAGUACAAAACCUUUUUUUUGUGUGGUUCUACCUCAGAGUUCACAAAUGUUGAACUUGCAAAUGUUUGUUCCACUCCACUGUGACUGAGGCCAUCCUUUUCUCCUUUAUUUAAUGUUCUUCCCACUCCAAAAUAAUCUCAGGUUCUCAGGUUUAUGAAUGUGUUGUAUUAGUUAACGUACCUGUGCUCUUACAGUCUCUGUCUUAAACUACCUCGUUUUAAGUGUUUUUAUGUUAAUUAGUAUUAUGUUUUUACUCAACUCAGGGACUCAAGGUUUAGUACAUUUGAAAAGCCAUGUCAGUGUUUGAAGGGACAUGCUUUGAUUGGACAGGGUAUCCUUGUAGAGCUGGGCUGCUUUAGCUAGGUGAAUUUCCACUGACCUUUUUUGAAUGUCUGUACAGUAUUUGACGGCAGUUUUAAUUCCAAAGCUUGCGACGCCCUCUCAUUCAUGGAAAGGCCUUUCAGUUGGAGGAAUAUAUCUGCGGUAGUUCUUUUUUUUUUUUUUUAAUCAAAGAUUAUUUUCAUUUGCUGGUACAGACUUUGUUCAACAGCAAACCUUUAAAGUAAUAUCACAAGCCCAAAAAUGCAAAUUACAUCAUCACUUGUUGUUUUUCAUCUGUGUUGCAUAAGCAGCCAUGUUGUUUUGUUUCCAUAAGUUUUCAUACUUAGGUUAGCACUUUUGGGCAUGUAAUGUUCUUUUUAAGGAUUUUCUUAAAAAAAAAACAA